AUGGGUCUGGACAUCGAUGCCCCAAAGCAGCCUUCAAACGCACCAACCAGCCGCUACGUUUGCCACGGCGCUUCCGUCGAAAAGGUAGAGGCCAGAAGCGACACAGAGAAGUUUUUGGGACAGUGUGCUGUACUGGAGCGGGGCAGACGUUUUGUCUACUAUCUGAUUACAAAGAAAAAAGCCACCCAGAGACCCACCUACAACAGCCUGCAGCAGAGUCUGGAAGACAUGAAGUCUCACUGUGUAGAAAACGGAGUGACAAGAAUAUCCAUGCCUCGUAUUGGGUGUGGACUGGAUGGACUGGAGUGGUCCAAAGUGCUGGUGAUACUGGAACAGGUCUUCAAACACACAAACAUCUCCAUCACAGUCUACAGCCUCCCUGAGAAGGCAGAGACCACAGUGAUGAGGGAAAACAUGCGCUAAUAAUUCAUUAAAAUGCUGUUUAUUUACUUCACUUUUCACUGCUCUUCCUACUUUUUUUUUCU